CAUAGAGAAAUGAAUUAUUUGUCUAUGAAAAUAUCUGUGUUCGAGAUUGCUGCAAAUGGUAGUCUACUUGUAUUAUUGACCUCUAACAAGAUAUUCCUAUUAUAAUCGAUUCCACAUAAAUAGGAAAACGAUAACAAUGUUGUCCAGAGCCCUAUUGUCAGGUCAAAAUGCUCGAUCUCUUGUCUUCUUAGGAGCAAGAGCUUCAGGUACAUCUGCCAGCACAGCUGUAGCAUCUCAAACACCAGAAGGUAAUCUACCUGAAUGGAGAAGACCUGUUCGUGGUGAACCUGGUAAAGUUCGUAUGGGAUUCAUCCCGGAAGAAUGGUUCCAAUUAUUUUAUAAAAAAACUGGAGUCACUGGACCUUAUACUUUGGGUGUCACAUUUUCCACUUACUUACUGAGCAAAGAAAUUUUUGUAUGUGAACAUGAAUAUUAUAAUGGAAUUUCUCUAGCUAUUAUGUGCGUUGUUGGAGUGAAAAUGUUGGGACCUAAAUUAGCUGCAUAUUUGGAUAAAGAAAUUGAUGCCUACGAAAACAUGUGGGAAUCAAGUCGUCAAGAGUAUAAAGAUUCAAUCAGUAACUGCAUUGAAGGAGAAAAGAAAAGUCAGAAGAGUAUGGAAGCUCAAGAAUUACUACUUCAAGCUAAAAGGGAAAAUGUUGCCCUUCAACUAGAAGCUGAUUAUCGAAGGAGGCUCAUGGUUGCUUAUAAUGAUGUCAAAAGAAGACUAGAUUACCAAGUUGAAAAGCUCAAUAUUGAAAAGAGAGUCACACAGAAGAACUUGGUUGAAUGGGUGGUUGCUAAAGUAGAAUCCUCCAUUACACCUGAUCAGGAUAAACAGAAUAUUGAUAAGUGCAUUUCAGAUUUGGCUGCUAUGGCUAAAGCCUAGAAUAUGCUUUAAUUAUAAGUGUACAGUACUGUCAUAUUGAAAAUUUGGAAGAAUUCCAUUUAAAUAUAUGUAUGAAGAAA